CGCACCCCCAGGGAAUGUGUCACUAGCAACUGCACCCCCUUCCCAGGAUCCAGACCUGGGUCAGGCAUCCUACUCAAAUCAACCUGCCUACCCCCAACAACCUGCAACAGUUCAGCCGCCCUUUCCACAGCAAUCCCCACCUCCAGGACAACCCCUGCCUACUCUCAACCACCCCCAGGGCAACCACCUGCCUACUCGCAACCACCCACAGGACCACAAUCUUACACACAGCCACCACCGGGACAACCGCAGUAUCCCCAACCAUCCCCGGGACAACCUCUGUAUCCCCAGCCACCCUACCCACAAUCUGUCCCGGGCCAGGCAGCUCCACAAGGGACACAAGGUUUUCUUCCUACGGACCCACAAUCAAAAACCUACCCCCCGGGACCGCCCCAAGGAUAUGCCUAUGGCAGCCACCCACCACCCGCUACAGGAGGGUACCCUGUCGGACCACCGGCAAAUACAACUGUGAUCAUCAAUCAGCCUGGGGGUGCUGUGCUCGGCAACACCGUCCGGUACAGGAGAACUCCCGCCCUCAUCAUCUGCCAGCACUGCAACGCCACGGUCACCACCACCGUCGAUGACGAGACCAGUACACUGCAGUGGAUUGUGUGUUUCUUCAUGUGUUUAUUUGGGUGCUUCUUGCUCUGCUGCCUAAUACCAUUCUGUAUUUCCGACUUGAAGGACGCAAGGCACUCUUGUCCCAACUGCAAGCAAGUUGUUGGAAAGUUUUCACAAGUGGGAUGAAAUAGUCAGACACAGUAUUUGAGAAAUCGACCAUGACUGCUGGUUUGCCAAGCAAGACGAAACAUAUUUGUUGGUCUAUACGAUGAUGUUGACCAGUCUGUAAAGAACAAUGUCAUGUAUUCUGGCCUGAGUCUUUUUCUAUCUUGAACCUGUUUAAAGGCAGAUGGGUUCUUCAUCUGUAAAUAUAUAUAUACUUUUUGCUAGUAGUUUGUAUAUAUUUUCAUGAAGUAGUGCGUGUUUGAGAGAAUGUAAAAACAUUUUCACCGAAAAAUUGUCCAAAAUUUCCUUUCUUUUCAUUCGCUUCUGUUGCUUUUUAUAUAUACAUGUUUACCUGGCCCACGGACUAAUACUUUGUACCUGAAGUUACAUGAAAUUGUUUAAGUUAGAACAUGUCAAAGAUAUAACCGGGGAUCCUCACUGCCCUUGUUUCAUUGGGAUGCGCCUCCAACAGUUGGAGAUAGUCAUUGAACCACACUAAUUGGCUGCAAGACCCAACAUGGCCUUAAUAGGUCAAAAUCGAACUCUCUUGGCGCAUAUCAUCAGUGCAACAUGUUGAUUAAAUGUACAUGUAUCUCUGAAAACAAACAAUACAUUCCAGUAAACAUUGCAUAUUUACGUUUGGAAAAUAAAGUUGUUUUCAAACAAAACAUACAUUGAUAGCUAUCAUGACAAAAACGAAAUUUGUUUAGUUUUUUGAUUUUGGAUCUAUCCACGACAAAAUGAUUGUGUUUACGUGAUCAAUGUAUUUCUCAAAUGUGUCAAAAUAGAUUCCCUUUUCAAAUUGUUAUUAGAUGACAGCAAUGCCACCCUAACGUUUUAGUAAAAUAUCAACUGUAAAGGUUUGGCAAGAAUUGAUCUUCAACAACCCAUGAUUGGUGUAAGAGGGGGAUGUUCUCUUUUUGCCUGCACGUAUUGUUUAGGGAUUAGAAUUACUGGACCGUACUGAUCCUUACAACAAUGGGCUAUAGUCUGUAGCAGAAAUGCAAGUAUGCCAGCACUUGCUGGUAAACAGUAAAGUUUAUCACAUUUUGUUUAUUGCAUAUAGCACCCGCAAUUAUACGGAUACGAGUCAUUUGAAAAUAUGGUGACAUUUUUAAUUUUACUAAUAUUGCAUGUAACAUAAUAUGCAUGCACAAUACUGCAUAUAUACAAAUAUACGAAAAUGAAUUAUCUGACAAAUAUGAUGAAAUUGUAAAUCAGCCAAUACACAAAAUAAGCGUUGAAUGUCACACCAGGAAAAUAUUUAUGUGCACUGUGCAUUAUACAUAAAUACUUACAAUUGUAUAAUUUGUUUCACAUGACAUAAUGAUCACAUUCACAAUCCCCCCGGAUGAGAAACGGCAUCACCAUAAACAAGUGGUGAGAUGGUACCAGUUAAAGAGUAUAUGUUUCUAAAGGUCAAUUCUUUCUUCAAGGUGCCGGUAGUGAACUCCACUUACUUGAACAGACUAUAAUUGUGCAGGCACUGGACUGCAAUCGUAAUCCGCUUAUAGCCAAGCGAAAAGAGAAUACACCGUAAGAGGAGACUAACGAUAUUGGGUAUUCAAGUUCGCUGACUUGAACCCGGGAAUCAGGGUUAGAAAUGAUCUUUAGGAACAUAUGUUUUUCGUAAGAAGCGAAUAACGGGAUCGGGUGGUCAGGCUCUCUGACUUGGUUAACACAUGUCAUCGUAUCCCAACUGCGUAGAUCGAUGCUGAUGUUGUUGAUCACUGUAUUAUCUGGUCCAUACUCGAUAAUUUACAGACCGCCGCCAUACAGCUGGAAAAUUGCUGAACCUUUAAACAACAAACCAACGAAACAAAACAUCGCUGGAUUGGUUAUACAUGUCAUCGUAUCCUAAAUUUCAUAGAUCGAUGCUCAAGGAGUAGUUCUCUAUGGCUUCUCUUGGCCAGGCUCGAGUAUUCUACCGACAUCCGUUUUAUCGCUGGAAUACCGCUGUGUACAGCUUUCAAUGAAUGGAUGUUACCACAGCGGUAUUGGUCCUGUGCUGCACUGCGAGAUCGCACACCGUAAUUUAUUAGGAAAACAAGGUUAAAAGAUAAUCAGAUAUGUCAGUGGAUCAAUGGAUUCCCGUUACACGUGAAAAUAUGAACACGCAAUAGAAAGUGUAAAGCAAUUGUUUUAAUACUGUUUAACAGUUAUUUCACUUGAAAAGUGCUCGUUGUGUGCCUGCUCUGUCUAUGUACAUGCCAUGCAGAUAUUAAUGAGUUUGUAACUAUGCAUAAAAACUUUGUCAUGUAUUGCGUCGCUUGUAAAUUUCAUAUGCAAUAAAUAAUAACGAUUAUUCA